AGUCCGUGGAAACGGAUUCCGUGUCUUGUUAAAGCACUACAAUUCACGUUAAAUCACAGCACAGGACUUUUCUUUCAUACACCUUUCAACAAAUACUUCAUGGGCAUUUUAUAGAACAACAGCUACCCAAUACAUUUAGCAGCCAAAAGAAAAAUGACGACUUGUGCUGUCAAAGGAGGAUGUCCCAGCGACUACAUAGCCAUCUCCAUCGCUCUUGCCUCCAUAAUCUUACUACUUGCAAAAUCCAUGUCGCCAUAUCUGAUUCACAAGAUCCCAAGGCCCAGAGGAAGUAGCUUCUGGCUUGUUGCAAUUCAAGUCUUUGCAAGCUUCAACCUUUUGUUGUCAAUUGUGGUAAUGAGUGAGAUGGCCCUCCAUCUCUUAAAAUUCAGAAAGAGGCAUUGGUGGAAAUCUUGCUAUCUUUGGGCAGUUUGGAUUGAGGGUCCUCUUGGCUUUGGUUUGCUGUUGAGCUGCCGCAUUGCACAGGCAUUUCACCUGUAUUUUGUGUUUGUGAAGAGACGUCUGCCGCCAAUCAGAUCCUAUAUAUUCCUCCCAAUGAUUCUCUUGCCAUGGAUUGCUGGUGCUUCCUUUCUUCUCAAAGAGAAGCCUCUAAAUGACCAUUGCCACAUGGGGGUUCGGUGGAUCAUUCCUGUUAUUUCUCUUCACGCAAUAUAUGUCGCCACUUUGAUUGGUUUUACAGGAGCUAUUCAUCACAUAGAGUUCAGAUUCCAUGAACUCAAAGCCCUCUGGAGGGGAAUACUUGUUUCCACGGCUUCCCUUGGACUUUGGAUAGUUGCCUAUGUUUUGAACGAGAUUCAUGAGGAAAUAUCAUGGCUUCAAGUUGCUUCCAGAUUUGUGUUAUUAGUUAUGACAAGUGCCCUUGUGCUGGCAUUUUUCUCUUUUUCAAUUUCUCAACCACUUGCCUCGCUUAUGAGCAUGACAAAGAAGGAUGAAGGGGAGUACCAGACAAUGGGUCAGGCAUUGGGCAUACCUGAUAGUGGGGUUCUUUUUCAAAGGGAAUCAUCAUGGGAUUUCAACCCCAAUGAACCUUUGGAUAAGCUUCUGCUGAACAACAGGUUUCGUCAAUCCUUCAUGGCAUUUGCAGACAGUUGUUUGGCUGGGGAGAGUGUCCAUUUUUAUGAAGAACUUCAACAGCUUGAUAAAUUAUCCAUAAAUGAUCCUGUCAGGAGAAUAUACAUGGCACGACACAUUAUUGAGAAGUAUAUAGUUGCAGGUGCACCAAUGGAGGUGAAUAUAUCACACCAUUGCCGGCAGGACAUUUUGACUACUUCCGAUCUAGCACAUCCGCAACUCUUUCAAAAUGCUCUAGCGGAACUGAUGCAAUUGAUGAAACUAAAUUUAGCCAAGGACUACUGGUCUUCAACGUUUUUUAUGAAGCUGAGAGACGAGGUCAGCAUGAGAACAGUCCAUCAUGGUCUAGACGAUAGUAGCUGGAAUUUCUCUCCGCGGUUGAGUUCUGUUCACUGCACAGACGACCCUUUCCACCAUGAACACAGCCCAGUGGACUCUGCUGGCAAGCAUCGAGAUUCGGGACUGCAAUGAGAAGAGUUGUGUGAGUUCUCAAAUGCUGUAGUUGAGAAGAAUGAAAAGAGAAAGAAGAUUAUAAAUACGCUAAGACUCGGAUCGGGCUUUCUCGUCAAGGUCUCUUCGACUUGCCCCAACCAGAAAACGAGAGCUAUGGCCAUGCUAGUUGGAGCUUGUUAAGCUCUUCAGUUUGCUCUCAAAGAUGAAACCUUAGCUUUGGGGUUUUGGGCAAACUCACAGUGCCUUUUAGAAUGAAAUCCAAGAAACACACUUGAGAUGAGAUGCCUUACUUCACAGAUGGUGGUAUAAAUUAGUUGUGAAUGUAUAUAAUUUAUCAGCAAUAAACAUUUAUUUGUAAAUAAUGUUUCAAAUGUAUUGCUCUCUUACUAAAUUAAUAAAAUCUAAGCUUUCUGUUCAAUUACUUA